UCACAGGCUGCAGCUAGCUGCCCUUUAUAAAAGUCGCUGGAACUUUGCAUACUUCCUCACAGGGCUGACAGCUCGGAAAAAUGAAGUUCGUUUACUUGACUUUGCUCACGGCGGCUGUGCUGCUGGUCACAGAUGGCUCUGCAGUGACAGAUGACAGCACCGAGAGCAUCAGAGAAGAAAAAGUUAUUGAUGCUUGCCCUGUAAAACUCAAAAGCAGCGGAAAAUGUGAUGAAGGAGAAGAAUGCCCAUACCAGAUAAACCUGCCUCCAAUGACUAUCCAGCUACCCAAGCAGUUUCGAUUGAUUGAGAAGACCCUCAAAGAAGUCCAGAACCUUAAGGAAGUUGUAAACAAGAUGAAGAAGUCCUGCCAAGACUGCAGGCUGCAGGCAGAUGACAAUCAAGAAAAAGACAGCAAUGAAUUCCUACCACUUGGCACAGACAUUCCAACAGACAAUAGCAAAAUACAAGAUAACAGAGUAAAAGAACUGCAGAGCAAGGUUUCUAGGCUGUCAGCCAGUCUGAAGAAUGCAAAGAACCAGAUCCAUUCUUUACAGGAGCAAAUGAGUCUCAUAAGCAUGAACAACGUGGAAAGCUAUGUGGACAACAAAGUAGCCAACCUGACAUUUUUUGUGAACAGUCUGGAUGACAAGUGCUUUUCAAAAUGCCCAGUCACACAACCAGUAACAGUUAUGCAGCUUCUACAUGGAGAUUGUGCUGACUAUUUUGCAAUAGGUAAGAGACACAAUGGCAUCUACAGACUCACUCCUGACCCAAGAAAUGCUAGCUUUGACGCUUACUGUGACAUGGAAUCUAUGGGAGGUGGUUGGACAGUGUUCCAGAUGCGUCAGGAUGGCAGUACUAACUUCAACAGAACGUGGAAUGAUUAUAAGAAUGGGUUUGGAAACCUCAGCAGAGACUUCUGGCUGGGGAAUGACAAAAUUCACCUUCUGACCAAAAGCAAAGAUAUGCAACUAAGAAUUGAACUUGAGGAUUUAAAUGGCGUCAGAGAAUAUGCAAAAUAUGAACAGUUCUACGUGGCCAAUGAAUUUCUCAAAUACCGGUUGAGUAUUGGUAGCUACAGCGGCACAGCUGGGGAUGCUCUGCACUUCAACAAAUUUUAUAAUCAUGAUCAAAAGUUCUUCACCACUCCAGACAGAGACAAUGACAGAUAUUCCAGAGGAAACUGUGGAGCAUAUUACAGCUCUGGGUGGUGGUUUGAUGCGUGUUUGGCUGCUAACCUAAACGGCAAAUAUUAUGACAAGAAAUACAAAGGUGUUCGCAAUGGGAUUUUCUGGGGCACUUGGCCUGGGAUCUCUGAAAAUAUUCCAAAUGGUUACAGACAGCCUUUCAAAAAGGUCAGAAUGAUGAUGAGACCCAAGGUCUUUAUGCCAUGAAUUAAUUUUUUUAAUUAUACAUUUAUAUGGGAUUAUAGUUUUAAAAAAUACCCCAGUAUUGGCACUUUUUUCAGCAUUUGUGCACAAUAUUUUAUUAAAAUAAUUCUAUUUGUUUCUGUUAAAUUCUGAAUAUACAGACAAGAAUUUGCAUCCUUAUAGCAAAUAAUGUUUCAGCCUGAACCAUGACCACCACCUAGGAUUUAAGCUUUCAGUACUUUGCCAUAUUGACUUAAGCUUACUUUGUCAUAUUAACUUCAAAGUCAUUCCAUCAAUACAGUGUCAUUAUCAGUAACUGCUCCCAUCUACAUGCUACAACCAGGUUUGUUCAGCCAAAGAGCAAACAGACAGCUUCAGUGUCCUUCAUUUAUACUGCUCCCUCACUGGAGUCCAGAAAUAUCUUCAGGAAAUUGACAACCUGCUUUAAAGGCGAUGGGCAAAACUAACUUCAUUCCAAGUAUAACUAGUUAUCCUACUAAUUCCAAGUAGGAUAACUAGUUGCCUAUUACUGAUUUUUUUUUAAAAAAAGAAGCAGCAGCAGCUGUAUGUUGUAGAUGAGGAAUCAUUCCUUGCCACUGCCAGUUUUUAUUUUUAACUGUGUCAGAACAAAAACUCCAAUUUGUAAUCAAACGUCUGUCAAAUGCUAUUAAGAUAGCAUUUCUAAUGAACUUACUAAUUUAAUAGAGGAAAGGGAAUUGAUUAACAUAAUGGCUGACAUCCAGACGAACAAAAGUGUGGGUGCUAUGAGAGAAGUGCUGAAGGUGCUGUUGAAUCUGACUAACACAGCACAGGGAUUUCUUUGGCCUCCCCUUCCUCCUGAAUUUUUGGCUGGCAUGGAGCUUUGUUAAUCUGGAUUGCAGCAACUAUGCUGCAACACACCUUACAUAAAAUUGUGAUGAACUGAUGAUGCCCCCGCAUUACCAUUGCAUGGAAGGCACCAACCAACAUGCAGGGAUGACACAAAUGCCUUGGUGUCACCUACCCAGUCAACAAAUCAAUGCACAAGGAGAGCUGUCAGGAAGAAUCCACAUUGUCUCCUUGCUAGGUGCCUUCAUGGCCCAAUGGAGAGGUAGCAGCAACUGAUAUUUAACAGCCAUCAGCCAUUUCAGGAAGGGUGGUAUAUAAAUUGAAUAAAACUAACUAACUAACUAACUAACUAACUAACUUAGGUCCCUCCUUUUGGAAUGCUAUGGGAAAAGAUGACAUAUGCCAUACCCUCUCCACCAAACAGAAUUCAGGUAUAUUCCUGGACUUUUUAGAAACCUAUUGUCUGUAAUUCUAAACUAAGUGGAGUUUGGCUUCUUCAGUAGGAAUGUUGAAAUAUGAAAGCCAAUAUAUGUAUAUGUGCAGAUAUAUGUUCGUGUUCUUUUAUUUCUUUCAGAGUUGCCAUCAAUAGAAUGACCUUAUAGGAAAGGUAUAUGUAUAAUAUAUUGCAGGAACGAUUUUAUAGGACAGGGAUUAGUAUAAUGCUUCAUUUUUGUAAACAGUUAUUUCCAUUUUUGUUGUACAACUUUUUUGUUAAGACAAUUGUCCAACAACUUGUAGAGUGAAUGUUAGAAAAGAAGACAUGAUUACACAUAGAUAAUUUAAGAUUAAGAUUUAAAGCACAACAGUUUCUUCAAAUGUAUGCAAUUAAGAUUUUCAUUGCAUAUUGCUGUCAAUGACCAAAAGGUAAAUUGAUAAAUAUGAAUAUAGGUAUUAGUAAAGGGUUUUUAAUAGAUGGAAUUAUGCUUUAAUGUGCUGUACAUGCUUUAUUUUUCUUCAUUUUAAACAUUUUUAAGUGGAAAGGAAUACAAAUUUCAAUGUUGAAAGCGUGUAAAAUCUUUGUUUCAAAUUGUGUUCUGAUGACACACAGCAGUACUAAAGAUCACAUGCUGUCUAGAAGAGACAAUCUUUAAGUUAUGAUAUAUAACUGAAUGAUAACAUUCAGCUGAUGUACAUUAAAAGACUUCCUCUAAAUCUUGCUGAAGUUAAUGGAAGAUAAGUAGCAACCAUAAUUUGGAAUAUGGAUUUCACCUGAAAGUCCUAAAAGAUUUGGAACCAAGGUAUCUAAAAAGGACUUAUUCCUGUAUGAAGCUGCCCAUGCAUUAAGAUCUUCAGUUGAGAUCUAUACUCGAUAUCUAUAAUCUAUAGAGUAUACACCCUAUAAUCUGGAAGCCCCCUCCCCUUCCAGAGGUGAGAUGGGUAGCUUCCAAGGAAGGGGGUUUUGUAUGAGAGCACCCAGACUACAGAACAUCCUCCCUAGGUAUAUUCAUUAGGAACCUCUAUUACUAUCAUUUAAACACCAAUUUAAUAUUUUUUAUUUGCCCAAGUUUUUGGUAGCAACUAAUUUCUGAAGGUUUUUAUUCAUAAUUUAUUUGCUGUUUUAUUGGCUGCUAUUUCUGUACAGGUGACCCUUGUCACCCGCAGUUUUGCAUAUCCGUAGCUUGGCAAUGGAGACCCAACUUUGGUUUAUACACUUUUAAAAAAAAUACUUAAAAUGCAUGUAUCUGUAGUUUCAGGGUGGCCAGAAAUUACUUCUUGAGGUCAUUUCUGGCUACCAUUUUGCUAAACGGAGCCAUUUUGUGGCUCUUUUGUUUCUUGUUUUUAAAUCCCAUGAUUUUUUUUUGUGGAAAAUCAGCCGAAUUGGGGGUUUGGGGGGCACUGCUGGACAGCUGGAGACUUGCAGAGCAUGGCACGGUACAUUAUUUCUCCAGUUUCUGCCUUUGCAUUGUGUUUUUGUGUGUGCUGCCCUCCAGGAACCUAACCUCCCAAUUGCCAUUGGCUUAAGGUCUUGUUAGCCGCGGUUCCAUUAUCUGCAGAAACUGGCAGGAAUGGAGCUCCCGCAGAUAAUGAGGGCCACCUGUGCUGCUUUUGUGUUCUUUAUAAUGCAUUGUCUAACUAUCUGUGCAGCACUUUAGAGGCCAAUAUUAGUGGAGAGCUGAUAUAUAAAUGUUUUAAAUAAAAUAAAAUACACUAAAAAGAAUGGUCUUUGAGUCUUAUGUUCAAGAAUCUUCCAAAAAUAUAGAUAAAGAUAUUGAAAUUAAGAACCAAAGCAAUCACCUUAAGAAAGUAAAUAUCAGUUCAGUUCAAAGUAAAUAUUCAGUAUCCAUGACCUAGCCGUGUAAUAGGUAUCAGUCUGUAUAAUUACACAUACCUAUCCCAGAUUAAUCAAAAACCAAAAAAAGGUCUAAAAUCACAUAGUAAAAAAUAGUACAGAAACAAUGAAAAGAAGAUUAGUUGCUAAGGUGGUUUCUUAUAAAUGAAAUGUUGUUACUCUCAGCCCAUUUUACUUUUCCAAAUGCACAUCUCCAAAACAGAAAACAAGUUCAAAACUGGUUUAAGUGGCAUGGUUUCUUCCAAAAAAAUAAAAAUAAGAAUGCAGAAACUAUAGCUUUGUGAGGGUUCACAUAAUGUUCUAUUAGAGAGACCUAGCUGCCUCACAGAAUUCCCAGUUCCCUGGCUGGAAUCCAUGACAAUUAAACAGGCUUGAGUGAGUAUGGCUAAGUGAAGCUCUUUUCAUACUAGGUAGCAUCCUUUUGUUUCCAUGUCAAAAACGAUCAUCAUUUUGUGCACCCUCCUGUAAAAUAUGUUUUUAUGGCCUAGCUGACACAUCUAAUGGUCUGCCUAGUUGACAGAUCUUUCAGUAUUGUUCCUAUCUAAUUGUUUUUAAUGUAUGAUUAGUUAGUCUGUAAGUAAUACACAAGCUCUUAUCUCCUGGAGUUAUUUUCCUUCUGUCUUUUUGGGUGUAAAUUGUCAUUAUUACUGUCUACAAAAUAAAAGUAAGAAGGUUUAAA